AUGGCGCUAACAAAGUCUUCUUCCUCUACCAUCGAUGAACCUUAUUCUGUAUUUUCCAAACGUAAAAUAAGAUGGAUCGUCAUCGUCGCCUCCAUUUCCGCUUUUUUUGCGCCAUUUUCUGUCAACAGCUACUUUCCUGCCAUGAACAAGAUUGAACAGGAUCUUCAUGUCACUUCACAGCAAAUCAAUUUGUCGGUGACGAUGUUUAUGAUAUUCCAAGCAUUGUCUCCAUCAUUUUGGAGUUCCCUUGCCGACAGUCGUGGACGGCGUCCCGUGUAUCUUAUCACGUUAUUGAUCUACAUCCUCUCAUGUGCGGGAUUGGCGUGUGUAUCCAACUACACUUUACUGCUGGUGUUUCGUGCACUGCAGGCAUUUGGUGCAAGCUCAGUCAUUGCGAUCGGCGCAGGAACGAUCGCUGAUAUCACCCAUCCCUCGGAACGAGGUGGCUACAUUGGCUGGUACUCAUUGGGAUGGAAUAUUGGUCCAGUGGUGGGUCCAGCUAUCGGAGCCGUGCUUUCACAGUAUCUCGGCUGGCGUUGGAUCUUUUGGAGUUUGGCCAUUGUCUGUGGUGUGCACUGGUGUAUUAUCGGUCUCUUUCUUCCGGAAACCCUGCGAUCACUUGUCGGCAAUGGAUCAGGUUACGCUAAUCCCACCCCUUUUCAAUGGUAUCGGAACUACAAAAGUCAGCGACAGCACGACGCCGUCACCAUCACUCAGGAGAAGCCAAGCACCACCACGCAUGUCAGCCGGAAAAAAAGUUUCAUUCAGAAAUUAAUGACCCCUUUACAACCUUUGCUCUAUGUCAAAGAAAAAGAUACCGCCAUCUUGAUUGCUUACUACAGUGUCCAAUAUGCAGCCUGUUACUGCGUCACCACCAGUAUUCCGUAUCUGUUUAUCGACAUUUACAACCUCAAUACUCUGAUGAUUGGUCUGUCGUACCUUGCCAAUGGUUUUGGAUGCAUCGUCGGGUCGGUGAUUCAAGGCAAGAUUCUAAAUAGGGAUUACCGUCGCGCGCAGAAAAAGUGUGCAGAAAUCGGGAGCACAGAUAUUCCGCUGGAGCAUGCAAGGUUACGUACGGUGUGGUUUCACGCCAUUUUAUUCAAGAUUUUAUUGGUUGCUUACGGCUGGUGCCUUCACAUCAAAGCUCAUUUGGCGAUUGCCUUGGUGAUCCAUUUUUUUCUCGGAUUUACCAGUCAAGCUAUUUUUAACUGUAUCCAAACCCUGUUGGUGGAUUUGUUUCCCAACGCGUCUGCGUCCGUGACAGCAUGCAACAACAUCUUUCGUUGUCUUUGCGGAGCCGUAGCCACCACCUUGGUUUUACCGGGGGUCAAAUUAUUAGGGGCGGGAUGGAUGUUCACGCUGGUUUCCGGUAUUCUUCUUUUGUCCCGGAUACCGAUGUUCUGGGAACUUUCACGUGGGCCUCGUUGGCGCCAUCAACGUGAACAACGACAAUUGCAUGUAUGAAUAGAACAAUACAAGAUGUAAAAAAAUAUUCUGAAGAAAAAAAAAUUUGAACAUGUAUCAUACAUUUGAAUUUCCCUGUUUAAAAGAUGUUGCUGUGAUCCUAUACAGUUUUUUUUUUUUUUUUUUUUUUUUUUUUUUU